AGAAAAAAUCAAAGAUGGAAACAUAUUGUCAUUUCCUCCCUAACAAAUUAGUCAAGUCUAUGACAUGUAGUCUAGUUAGAGAAAGAGAAACACUUCACUCAUCUACAUACAUACUAUAUCUCUCUUAUUUAAUUUCUCCAAAUUCCAAUUCAAAAGUCCGGCCAUAUCAUCAUCAUCUUCUUCUUCUCCAAAUUAUAAAGAGGAUUUGCAGAGCUGAGGAAUUAGAAAGAAAAGUGGUAUAAUGGAGAUGACUUCAAUGGCUCCUCAUCAUCAUCAUCAUUAUCAAGAAUCUCCCAUGAACAACUCCUUAUCAUCAUCAUCAUCAUCACCAAAUAGCAAUGGGAGUAGCAUUGUUAGCACUAGUACAAUUAGCAAUAACAAUGGUACUCUAACCCCACCUUUGACUCCCAAAACCCUCUCCAGAUCUGAAGCUAAUAACCCUUACCCGACAACCUUUGUCCAGGCUGACACUGGCACAUUCAAGCAGGUUGUCCAGAUGCUCACGGGCUCAUCGGAAACUGCUAAGAAUAUUGCCUCUAAACCCUCCAGUAGUUCAGAUCCGUCUCCGCCGCCGCCGUCCUCCUCCGCCGCCAAGCCCUUCUGCGGCGGCAUACCUCCCAAGAAAGAAGGGUUCAAGCUGUACAAGAGAAGGAACAGCCUCAAGAAUAAUAAUGAGUUAAUGAUCAGCCCUUUGAUUCCCGGCGGCUCAUCAGCAGGGUUCUCGCCGAGGAAGCCGGAGAUUCUGUCGCCGAGCAUUCUUGACUUCCCGUCGCUCGUUCUCAGCCCGGUCACGCCGUUGACCAAAGACCCGUUGUCCUCCUCAUCGGAAGAGGAGAAAGCCAUAGCGGAGAAAAAGUUUUACUUGCACCCAUCUCCCAGGGCUAACGCCGCCACAACUCCGCCCGGAGACGCUCACCCACCUCAGCUCUUACCUCUCUUUCCGGUCACUUCGCCCGGACCCGACUAACCGCCUCCUCCUCUCAUCUUGUGGAUUCUUAAUUACUGUAUUGCCAUCAUCAUCAAUUCAUCUACCAAAAAAUCUUGUAUAAUUUUAUUUCUAUUCUUCCUUAGCUUGUGCCCAUGGCUUCAAACAAUAAGAUUACAACUUCAUCUA